UCAACAGUGAGCUCUAUAUAUGAUCCAUUAGGUCUAGUGUCACCUCUCAUACUGACUGGAAAGCAAAUUUUACAAGAAUUAUGUAAGAAUGCAGUUGAUUGGGAUGAUGAGGUGCCAGAUUAUGUCAAACCUAAAUGGAUAAAAUGGAAGGAUGAGCUGCACAAACUAGAUCAGUUAAAGGUACCUAGAUGCUACAAACCUGAUGACUUUGGGGAAGUAGAAAAGGUUGAACUCCAUCACUUUUCAGAUGCCUGUCAAGAGGGAUAUGGCCAGUGCUCAUAUAUUAGAUUAAUUAGCAAGACUGGCCAAAUUCAUUGUGCAUUAGUAAUGGCAAAGUCACGUGUCACACCUCUAAAAACCAUAACAAUUCCCAGACUAGAACUAGCAGCAGCAGUGGUGUCAGUUAGAAUCCAUAAACUCUUGAAGGGAGAACUUGAGUAUAAUAAUGUGGAAGAAGUAUUUUGGACAGACAGCAAAGUAGUCCUUGGUUACAUUGCAAAUGAAGCAAAGAGAUUCCAUAUAUAUGUUGCAAAUAGAGUAGAAACAAUAAGAGAUCACACUUUACCAGAUCAGUGGAAAUUUGUAGAGACACAGUAUAACCCAGCAGAUCAUGCAUCUAGAGGCAUGACAGCAGAUGAAUUGUGUAAUAGCAAGAUCUGGUGGAAUGGCCCAGAAUUCCUUUGGCAACAUAGCAAAAUGGAUAGCCAUUCCAAGUACAAGGUCAUAAAUGAGAAUGAUCCAGAAGUGAAGAAAGUUGUAUGCCAUGCUGUAGGUACACAACAGCCCACAGAUAUACUAGAAAGACUUGAGUAUUUUUCAGAUUGGUUUAAAGCAAAGAGGGCAGUUGCUGUAUGCCUCAAGCUUCUGAACAGCUUCAGAGGAAAAGGUGAUGGCACUACUAAAGUAAAGGGAAACACAUAUAAGCCAGUAAAUGUAGCAGAAGUGUCAGAAGCAGAAAAUGUAAUUAUAAAACAACUGCAAGCAAAGGCAUUCCAGAAGGAAAUAAACGUACUGAAAUCAUCUGCUAACCAUAAUUCUUUAAUUAAAGGAGACAAGGGCAAGGGAACAAAAGUGAUAGACAAGACCAGUUCCCUCUAUAAGUUAGAUCCCUACAUUGACAAAAAUGGUAUCAUGAGAGUAGGAGGAAGAUUGAGGCUUUCUAAUUUGACAGAUGAAUCCAAACAUCCAGUCAUCCUCCCCAAAACAUCUCACAUAACCCAGCUGAUAAUAUGCCACCAUCACAAAAGGACAAAUCAUCAAGGCAGGGGCAUAACUUUAAAUGAAAUCAGGUCAUGUGGAUACUGGAUAGUAGGAGGAUCAUCCCUAGUAUCAAGGCACAUUUCAAAGUGCAUUAUCUGUCGUAAAGUUAGAAGUACAACACAGGGACAGAAGAUGGCAGACCUGCCUAUUGACAGACUAGAACCAUCACCUCCUUUUACAUACUCAGCAGUAGAUUUCUUUGGCCCUUUCUAUGUCAAAGAGGGGCGUAAAGAGCUUAAAAGAUAUGGAGUGCUCUUUACUUGCAUGGCAUGUAGAGCUGUGCACAUAGAGACAGCCAACAGCAUGGAUACAAGUUCCUUCCUAAGUGCAUACCGUCGCUUUGUAGGACGAAGAGGGCCCGUAAGACAGUUGAGAUGUGACCAAGGAACUAACUUUGUAGGAGCCAAAUCAGAGUAUGAGAAAUGCUUAAAAGAAUUAAAUAACAAUAAAAUCAGACAAGAACUCGUGAAAGAUCAGUGUGACUGGAUUGUUUUUAACAUGAAUGUACCCAAUUCCAGUCACAUGGGAGGUGUUUGGGAGAGGCAGAUACGCACAGUGAGAAAUGUACUCUCUGUGUUGCUUGAUCAGCAUGGUACUCAGUUAGAUGACCAAGAUCUGAGAACCUUCCUAGUUGAAGCAGAAAAUAUAGUUAAUGGUCGUCCCCUAACUGUGGACCAUCUUAACUCCCCAGAAAGUCUUACACCGUUGACACCCAGUAAUUUGUUAACUAUGAAAACAAAGGUAGUACUGCCUCCUCCAAGCAUUUUCAUUAAGAAGAAGGUAAUGCAUAAUAAUAGACCGGAGCAUCCCCGCCAAGGAGCCAAUGUAACAAAACAUAUUAUGUGCUAAUCCUAGUUUUAAGGUACAUACUAAUCUUAAUUUAAGGUAAAUUGUUACACAAUUUAGGGGAGCCAUGUUACUGUGUGUAAAGCGUAUGUACCUCAUGUGAUUAUUCCUCGGCAUAUAUAAGUGAAAUGUUCAAUAGUUUUCUAUUUGCACGAAAACGUGUAAUAUGUGUGAGUAUCAGUAUUUAAUGCUAUAUUAAGCACCGAAGCCGAUGCUCACUUGUUGGUAGUGUGGGGUUAACCUGCUAGUCGCCUUCGGGCAUCACUCACGGCCAAGUCGCGCUCAGACAAAGACGGGCAGGAUGGUGACCGAGUUCUUACGGUCAUACCUACCUCAUCAAUAAACGUCAGAGAGAGAACUGCCUUUCCUCGACCCUACGAUGAUGGGUGUGAUCAGUAAAACAGAUCACCUGAGAGCCAAUUGAUGCCCAGCCGGUGCGGCUACAGUGUGUGUUGCCUUGUCUUUCGUUGUACAUAUGCUUAUGCAGUGUGUGUGUGUGUGUGUGUGUGUGUGUGUGUGUGUGUGUGUGUGUUGCCUUGUCUUUCGUUGUACAUAUGCUUAUGCAGUGUGUGUGUGUGUGUGUGUGUGUGUGUGUUGCCCUUUCUGUCUUUACACAUAUGGUGAUGGAGUGUGUGUGUGUGUGUGUUGCUCUGUCUUUUAGUGUACAGAUGGUGAUGAAAUAUAAAUUAAACAUAAGCACAUAACAAACAAUAAAAAAAAAAAAAACUAAAAAAAA